AUGUCUGAUGUUCGCGAGCGUCAACGGCGAAGGAAAAUUCCGCUGGCUUGUGAGCCAUGUCGUGAGCGAAAGAGUCGAUGCGAUGGUGGGAAGCCAAUCUGUUUGUCGUGCCAGCGACGUGGGUUAUCCCUCGAUCAGUGUAUAUAUACCACGGAUAAUGCUCGAACAGCAAGUAAAGAUUUAUAUAUCAGAGUUUUGCAUGAUCGGAUACAUUAUCUCGAACAAAAGCUUGAGCAGCACGGAAUCAGUAUAGAGCCAUUUGGUGGCGAAAGUGCACCAACAUCGGACCUUCGUGAUUCCGAGCCUGCAAGGCUGUUGUCGCAUUAUGAAUCGGUUUCACACGCAGAUGUCACCAAUUUAGUCGGUUCGAACCCGUCAACGGCUACUAGACAUCGCGGGUCGAUCCCGGCAGCCUCUCCGGUCAGCCUCGAUACAGAUGAUAUGGAAAGCGGCAUUACAGCAAUGGGCACAAUUGCCGAUGAGGACGAAAUUGAUGGCGCUUUUGACACAUCUGGGGAAUUCUAUGGCACAUCUUCCGCAGCAUCCUUUAUGCAGGAGGCUAUGGCAACGGCCAGGAGCCCUAAGCACACCGUAAUUCCGCUCAUCAACCCACCACAGUCAGAUGGUGGUAGACGAACUAUAGGAGCACGUACAUGCUAUCUCAACUUUAGCCACUCAGAGAGCUUCAGUUUACCGCCACGAUCACUAGCGGAUCAUCUCCUUGAUAGGUUCUGGACCAAAGUAUUCUAUCUUUAUCCAAUCUUCCACAGGCCUGCUUUCGAGCAGGCUUAUCAAAAUAUUUGGAAGACGGAAGGGGAGGUUAACCUCACUUCAGAGUUUAGCGGAGUUGGUCUGGGUAGCUCACCUGACGGGGAAGCCAACACCAUCUUGUUUCAUUGCGCUCUCAACACCAUAUUUGCAAUCGGUGCCACAUUCUCUGAUCUGUCGCCUGCACCAAAAGACACAGCAGCCAAGUCGUUCCUCCACAAAGCCAAAUCAUUCAUUGGACUGGACUUGCUUGAGACUAAUAACAUCGGUGUGGUACAGUGUUUGCUGUUGCUGGCAGUAUUUCUACAGAGCACACCUUUUCCCACUCGAACCUGGAAUGCUGUGGGCGUGGCCUGUCGGGUUGCUCAAGGACUUGGUCUUCACACUGAGGCACCAAAAGGAGAUAGGAGUCAGCUUGAAAUCGAAAUUAGUCGACGGACGUGGCAUGGAUGCGUCAUACUCGAUAUGAUCGUGAGUAUGACUUUCGGACGCCCAACAAUGACCGCCAAUAUCCCACCGCGUCCAAUGCCAUCCGUGGUGGAAUAUGUCGUAUCUGGUUGCGGCCGGUCAAGCGACUUGAAUUCACAGCAUUGCCCAUCACAGCUUCAGUUCUUCAACGAAUACUCUCGCCUAUGCGAAUUACUCAAGGACAUUCUUUCCCAGGUCUACGAAGGAGGUAACAACGGACUGGCGACUGGCGCUAUGCAGGCGCAAACUAAGUCGCACGACUUUAAGUUAACACUGGAACUCGACUCAAGGCUUGCGUCAUUCGAACAAUCUGUGCCCCCAAUCCUCUCCUGGAUGAAACCGCAAAAUUUGACAGAAGUUCCCGAAUCUCAGCGACUGAUAUUUGAAACACAGCGAAUCGUUCUGCAUGGAAGAUUUCUGUAUCUUCGAAUUAUGCUUCAUCGCCCAAUCCUAACCCAGCUAUGUGUCGCCGGCCAAGCAGCACCAAGUUCGUGCUCAGUCAAUGACAGCGCACUUUGUAAUUCCAUAUAUAAUUCGUUCACCGUCGAAUGCGCGAAGACGUGCAUACAGGCGGCUAUUGAGCUGAUUGAAGUAGUACAUAAAACUUACCAUACUCCGUAUACCGGGGGAUGGUGGUGGGACGGACUUUACGCAUGUACCUCUGGCUUGAUUCUUAUUGUCAGCCAACUGCACCCUCAACUGAGAGAUUGUUUCUCUCAGCACGAGAUUCAGCGCCACUGGAAGUUCUGCGAUACAAUAUUAGAGCAUCUGACUUCUCAAAGCGCCUCAGUUCAGAAAUCCCUCAAGCUACUACGGAAGAUCCACAACGAUGUUAUGCCUGGGAAGAAUAUUAGCAAGUCACAUAAGUUGUAGACUC